AUGCUUUUAUGUCGGGGUCGCUCGGGUCAAUCCAACACUCCCAGAUCUGGCUUUUAUCCUAUCGCUUCUAGUGGAGCGCAAGUUUCCACUUCAGUGCACCCCAGUGGUGAAUCCGGGCUUAUCACUACUGUCACAUGUAGUGAGGCUAACAGCGUCCACUCGCAUUCCUCACGUACUGGCCAUGGGCCAAGCAAUGGAACCCUAAUGGACGCCUCUGAGGCUGCCCGUUCUCGCGGAGAGGCAUUUGCUGAGGCCCGAUUUAGCGGUCGAACCACUGUUCCUCCACCUGUAACCACACAUUCUGCUCAAACCGCUCCCACAGUCACACAGACUACGCCAUCCGCCUCUUCUCUCUCGAAUACUGGUCAUGUUUCAUCCGAUCAUCAAACUCAUUCAGGGCAGUCAUUG